AUGGAUACAGAAAUAAGCACCUACCUGACCGACAAGUGGAGGGCUAGGAUUAACCAAGGUGGACUAUAUAAUAAAAAGGCAAGAGGAUCUGUGCAUGCAAGAGGAGUCAGAGGACCCAAUAAAUACAAUUUUAAACGGAAUUACAAUGUCACUUGGGGACUUAAUAAUGCCUUAUUACUAAACCAAGAAACUGAACUACAACUUUCUAUGGACCAAAAAUCAGGGUCUGGAUUUGAGUCCUACAAUCAUUACAAAUCUGGACUCUUUCAUAUGAGGAUUAAACUACCAGAAAAGAACUCGAUUGGAAUUGUUACAGCUUUCUAUCUAUCUUCACCACGUUCAGCAGUUAACGACAAGCACGACGAGCUCGACUUUGAGUUCUUGGGUAGUAAUGGACCAACUUAUACAUUACAAACCAAUGUGUUUGUCAAUGGUCAAGGUGGUAGAGAGCAAAAGAUUAAACUUUGGUUUGAUCCCACAAAACGCUUCCAUUCUUACAAAAUUCUUUGGAAUCAAUUUCGAGUAAUGUUUUAUGUGGAUGACAUUCCUAUCAGAGUGUUUAAAAACAAUGCAAAAAUUGGGGUGAGUUACCCAUCAAAGCCAAUGCGAGUAAUAGGAAGCCUAUGGAAUCCAGAAAGUUGGGCAUCUAAUGGGAUCAAAACUGAUUGGAGUCAAGCACCCUUCAAGGCCAAAUUUCAAGAUUUCAAGAUUCAUGGCUGCACACUGCAAACCGGAGGCAAUAAGAAUUGUCAUUCUUCAAAGCUCUGGUGGAAUAGUAAGAAAUACCAGAGUCUAAACGUUCGAGAGCAAAGAGUAUAUCAAAAUGUAAGGAGGAAGUACAUGACUUAUGAUUAUUGUUCUGAUAGGUCAAGGCACCCUAAAACCCCACCAGAAUGCCGAAGAAACAAAUAGAAAACAGAGUCGUAGUAUAAUGUAUAUAGACUCUAGAACUCAGACAUUAUAUUGGUCAUGGUCUCUUACAAUAAUAAUGGUCAGAAAUAAUUACAUAUACCUUAUCACAUUUUUUCUUCUAUUUCUCUUUUCAUUUUGAUCAUCUUUAUACAUUUGAAAAGCAAUCUGGCCAAUCAAUCAUGCUACAGUGACACUACUUAAUUAGUCCUAAUACAAAGAGAAAGAUGAUAAUUUUUUGAUUGAAAUUUGGAGGCUUCAUAAAGUGAAAUACCUAAACACCUCAACUACUUAGA